AUGGGAAGUGACGACUACCUUAAGAUAAUAGAAGAUCAAGGACAUAAAUUAGUAUACAAUCCCCCAGGGAACGGAAACUGCCAGUUUGCAGCUUUGGCAUAUCAUCUUAGUUCACUGGGAGUCUUAAGGUCGCCAGAAACCAUGAGGGAGGAAAUUGUUAAAUAUCUGGAAACAAACCCACUAGAUGAAGAUGGUUUUCCGUUGUACGAAUGGGUUCCAUACUUUGAUUCAUGGCCACAGUACCUUACCCACAUGGCACAAGACCACACCUACGGCGACCAACUGCAGCUAACCUUUAUAACGUUAACAUUUACAUAA